AUGCUCUGCCGAUGCGCUCACGAGGGCUCGCCCGAUUCGCAAGUUAUGAACCACAUACCUCAUGAUAUCUUCGUCGGAAUGGGUAUGUUCCAUAUCUUGAGGAAGAAUCACGCUGGCCCAGUGAGCACUGUCGUUUUCUGGAUCUCUCAAGAGACCUUCGUUGAGCGAGGUUUCGUCGUCAAUCCCCUCUAA